CUACGGGUCGGCGUUAGGCUCAGCGAUCUCGAAACAAAGGACUGUCUGGUGGGGAGUCUGCGCGGCACCCUGUGUCCGGUAUCUGAGCGGCUGAUCGCGGCUUCUUAGCCAACCAGUGCCCGCGUCUCGCGGUCCUCGGUUCCCCACAGCCAGCGCCGCGGAGGGGUGGGGGGCGGGGGGCCGCCGGCGCAGCGGCACCUGCUGCUGAGGGACCCCGCGGCCUGCCUAGGUGCCCAUGAUGGGGCUGAUCUUCGCGAAACUGUGGAGCCUCUUCUGUAACCAAGAACACAAAGUAAUUAUAGUGGGACUGGAUAAUGCAGGGAAAACCACCAUUCUUUAUCAAUUCUUAAUGAAUGAAGUGGUUCAUACUUCUCCAACCAUAGGAAGCAAUGUUGAAGAAAUAGUUGUGAAGAAUACUCAUUUUCUUAUGUGGGACAUUGGUGGUCAAGAGUCACUGCGAUCAUCAUGGAACACAUAUUACUCAAACACAGAGUUCAUCAUUCUUGUUGUUGAUAGCAUUGACAGGGAACGACUAGCUCUUACGAAAGAAGAAUUAUACAGAAUGUUGGCUCAUGAGGAUUUAAGGAAGGCUGCAGUCCUUAUCUUUGCAAAUAAACAGGAUAUGAAAGGGUGUAUGACAGCAGCUGAAAUCUCUAAGUACCUCACCCUCAGUUCCAUUAAAGAUCACCCGUGGCAUAUUCAGUCCUGCUGUGCUUUAACAGGAGAGGGGUUAUGCCAAGGUCUGGAGUGGAUGACCUCCCGGAUUGGUGUGAGAUAACUUUUUUGCUUGAAAAAGACUGCUCUAUUUAUUCUGUGACAUGAACAUUUUUCCUAGUAUGUUUGGCUGCUAAGGCAGCAGCAUGUUUAAUUUAUAACAACACAAACCUCUAUGAGCAACACUUGAAUCAAGUGCAGCUGAACUGGAACAUAAAGGAUGUUUUCUUAACUUUUUUUUAAAUGCACUAAUCUUCAGUUGGAUGAACAUAAUGUAUAACUGUUUUCAACAAUUCUGCUUAUUCUAAUUAUUCAGUCACUACCUUGUAAAAAAUGUUUGUCAUAUGUUUAAUGUUUUCUGAAGUAUUGUUAUAAUCUUUAUGACCAACUUCUUUCAAUUCUUGGCCACCACUCCCUCCUUCCCAGUAGUUACUGAUUUGACAAAGCAGUAGUGAAAGUCAUCAGCUACCUACUUGCAGAUGUCUCCAGCACUAAAUAUUUAUUCUACUAUAAACCAUGUUUUUAUCUUUGGGGCAGAAUUUCUUGUAAGGAAGGAGAUCUACCUAGAAGAUACAUACAAGGAAGAUUGAACAUCCUGAACUUCCUCCACAUUAUUGCAUGCCAUGGAAUAUUUUCAAAUUUGCUAUUUGCCUGGAAAUUAAGCAGGCUGUUUACUUAUCUAAAGGAAUUAAGUUCACUUUUCUGCCUACAUUUGGUCAAAAAUUAAUCAAGGUGAAAUACUUAUUUGAAAGCUCAGCUCUGCUGAUAAAUAUUACUGGAUACAUCUGGUAUUUUAAGAGUAUCACAUUAAUGCAUUAACAGCUAUCAGAAGUUACUAAAGCAUACCAGCACUAAAAUUAAAAUAUGAUACUUAGAAUAUAUUUUACUGUCAAUUUAUAAAUCACUUUGUGUCAGCAAAAAUUUCAGCGAAUUUUUUUGCAAGAAACAUCACAUCUGCUUUGGGCAAUAGCUAAAGCAGAAAAAUGAACUGUGCUUUUUACUUCUUAACAUUUGAAAUGUGUAUUAUGGUAUUUUCACCACCAGCAGUAUAUUACUUAAGAAACCAUGGGGCAUUCUUUAAAUCUGUUUGAGAGUGUAAUAAGGCUGAAGCAAUUGCCAUCUUUGUCAUAAUACUUCAUGUCCUAAAAUCCUAUAGGAAACUGCUAAAUUUAACCCUAGCAUUUAGAAUGUUACUAUGAGAUUCACCAUUAAUAUUUUUAAGAAUUUAUAAACCUAGAGCUAAUUAAAAUGAAGGAAAUAUCAUAAUCUAUCAAAAGUUAAUUUAUUGGGUAGCACUUAAAAAAGUUUUUAAGGCAGUUGUCUAAUAUGAAAAACAAAUGGUGCAUACCUUAAGAGGGAAGGCCAGUAGUGUAA